CCCACUUCAUCUUUUUCUUACUUUUAACGUUCAUUCAUUCCUCUUCAAACUUUUCCUUCAUAAGAGAGGGUUGAAGAAACACAAAGUAUUGUUUCAAAUUUGGGUUUUCGAAAACAAGGCAAAAGAUGAGGGAAGUGAUCAGCAUUCAUAUUGGGCAAGCUGGAAUUCAGGUUGGGAAUGCUUGUUGGGAGCUUUACUGCCUUGAACAUGGAAUUCAACCUGAUGGGAUGAUGCCUGGUGACACCUCUGUGGGUGCUUGUCAUGAUGCUUUCAAUACCUUCUUUAGCGAGACCGGGUCCGGCAAGCAUGUGCCGAGAGCUAUAUUUGUUGAUCUAGAGCCCACUGUGAUUGAUGAAGUUAGAUCUGGGGCUUUUAGACAACUCUUUCAUCCAGAGCAGCUUAUUUCUGGCAAGGAAGAUGCUGCUAACAACUUUGCUAGAGGACAUUAUACAGUUGGUAGGGAGAUUGUGGAUCUUUGCCUUGACCGAAUAAGAAAAUUGGCUGACAACUGUACUGGUCUGCAAGGAUUUUUGGUAUUCAAUGCUGUUGGUGGUGGAACUGGUUCUGGUUUGGGUUCAUUGCUUUUGGAGCGCUUAUCUGUUGACUAUGGAAAGAAGUCAAAACUCGGCUUCACCAUCUUCCCUUCUCCUCAGGUUUCUACUGCCGUUGUGGAACCUUACAAUAGCGUGCUCUCAACUCAUUCUCUCCUUGAACACACAGAUGUGGCGGUGCUUCUUGACAAUGAAGCUAUAUAUGAUAUCUGUAGGAGAUCCUUAGACAUUGAAAGGCCGACUUAUAACAACUUGAACCGAUUGAUAUCCCAAAUUAUAUCUUCUUUGACCACUUCAUUGAGGUUUGAUGGUGCCAUAAAUGUAGACAUUACAGAGUUUCAGACUAACCUUGUGCCAUAUCCUCGUAUCCAUUUCAUGCUUUCAUCAUAUGCACCAGUAAUCUCAGCUGCAAAGGCUUACCAUGAGCAGCUAUCGGUUCCCGAGAUUACAAGUGCUGUUUUUGAACCCUCAAGCAUGAUGGCUAAAUGUGAUCCAAGGCAUGGGAAGUACAUGGCAUGUUGUUUAAUGUACCGUGGAGACAUUGUACCCAAGGAUGUCAAUGCUGCUGUUGCUACCAUCAAAACUAAGCGGACUGUUCAGUUUGUAGACUGGUGUCCUACUGGUUUCAAGUGUGGUAUCAACUAUCAGCCACCCACAGUGGUACCAGGAGGUGAUCUUGCUCGGGUGCAACGAGCAGUGUGUAUGAUCAGUAACAACACAUCUGUGGCCGAGGUUUUCUCCCGAAUUGACCACAAGUUUGAUCUCAUGUAUGCCAAGAGAGCCUUUGUUCACUGGUAUGUAGGUGAGGGAAUGGAGGAAGGUGAAUUCUCCGAAGCCCGGGAAGAUCUUGCUGCUCUUGAGAAAGACUACGAGGAAGUUGGGGCAGAAGGUGGUGAAGAUGAAGAAGAACCAGAAGAUUACUAGAUCCAUAUUACAUGAAAUCAGCAGUCGCAGUCAAUGGUCCACCAUGUUCCUCAAAAUCUCAUUUUACUUCAUCAGCCACAUUUUUAUUGCUGUAAACUAGUCUCCGUAUUUCAUUCCUUGAAAUCUUUUUGUACCUUCACUGGCUCUAUACCUUGAGUGGGUGUUUUAAGUAUUGUUGUGAGAAUGUAUGCUUUCUGUCCACUUGAGAUGUAACCUCUCCAUGUCUAAUAAAGCUUUAACGUUGUGCCA